AUGCUCGACGUCCUCCUCCCCCUAGCCCUUUUACUGGCGCUAGGCCUCGCGCUCCGCGCCGCACCAACUCUCGCACUCCGCACAGCUCCCUCACUGGCAAAGGCACGCAAACUCACGCCCGCCGCAUAUCGUUCUCUCUCGCGGCGGUCGGAGUGGAUCGUGUCUCGGCAAGGCCUGACCGUCUCGACGUCAACGGGCGCACUCAACGGCCUUCCGAAGAGGAUACCUGGAGUCACCACGCCCCUCUCCCACCUUCCUACGCUUGUACUUGCUCUCGUGCUGGCCCAACUCAUUCACGAAGCGGGGCACGCGCUCGCAGCAGCACUCGACGACGUUAACCCAUCCAAGCUCCAGUUCGCGAUCCACGCCGUUGUGCCCAGCGCAAGCGUAGUCUUCCCCUCCUCGGUCGACUACCUCCCAACCCGGGCGCGUGCGCGCAUAGCAACCAGCGGGCCAUGGCACAACCUCAUCCUCUGGGGUUGUCUUCUGGGUCUUGGCUGGCUCUCGCCAUUCCUCUGGGCCGACUACAGCUCUUACGGGCGGGUUGUCACCUCCAUCGCACCAACAUCCGGCCUACGUACUUCCCUGCGACCAGGCGACCUGAUCACACACGUCGACGAUGUGUUCGUUGGUGGCAAGCGCGAUAUGUGGGAAGAGUACCUCUCAUCCUCGGAGCCGGUCGUGUUGGAGGGCGGAUGGUGUGUCCCAGCCGCCGAGUUUGGGGGCGCGCCGUUCGCGCCCUGUGGGGAACGACAUCUCGUCGCGUUCACCCGCGUUGGAGAGGAGGAGGAACGCUGUCUCGCCCCACAUGGCGUGUUUACUGAGCCACACGCAUAUGAGUGUGGAUGCGGCGUCGCUGAGGUGUGCGUCCGUCCUGGAGUGGAGGAGAACAUCCUCCGCAUUCGCGUGCGUAAGGGCAAGCGCGCCGAUACGGUGUUGUGGUCCGGCGACCGAUCGGCCGUCUUACACGCGGUACAGGUCGACACGAGUGCGCCGCGGUUGUUCGGGAGCCUGACCCGGUGGGGAGCGCUGUUUAUGGCAUACCUCAAGAUGGCCUCCCUCUCGCUGUACCUCUUCAACCUCCUCCCGCUCCCCAGCACGGACGGCAUCCAGCUCCUGACCGCCCUACUUGCGCCGACCCGCGACCGACCCGCGCGCCAACUCACCGCCACGCCGAGCCGGCAUCCAACCAUCAAUCCGUACCGAUACGACAGUGGGAGCGACGACGACGACGACUACGGCCCGGGAUACGAAUAUACGGGCCACCGGCGUGAGGAAGUAUGGCAGCGCCGCGUCCGCCGCGCCGUCGAGGGAGCGACGGCCGCAGUCGUAGCUGGCUGGGUGUUGGGCUGGGCGAUGCUGGCGCUGCUGCGGUCGAGCUGA